GUCAUUACCUGCAACUGAGAUGGCACCUCCAAAAUAUCCUUCUAAUAUUCAUGUUGCCCCCCCGUUCUCCCCUGACCCGUAUUAAUCGAGAAUCAGUCUAUCCAGGCACGUUGCGGAGAGUGGCCGUGCGCUUGUUGAAAGAAAUAUAUUUACGUUUUUGUUGCCAAAGCUGGUGUUUGGCACGACUUUUCACUCUUUGCUUUCAUCAUCAUUUUAGGGUACUACCAUGGUGAAAGUAAAAAGUAAAAAAACGCGCGAACAAAAAUUAGCUCAAGCUAGACUACACAAAAAACAAAAAUACGAACAACUAAAAAAAGACCCGGCAAAAUAUGCUAAACAGAAAGAAAAAGAAAGAUUAAGAUAUUUAAAACGUAAAGAAAAAAAGAAAAUUAAAACAAUUCAAGACAUGACUCCAAGACAGCAAAGAGUGCAGAGGAAAAAAUGGCGUGAAAAUUCAAAAAAGCGUACAGAAAGAGUAAAAAGAAGCAAGCAGAUUGAGCAAAUGCUGUUAGACAACACCCCCCCUACAAGUGAUUUAGAAGAUGAUCGUCCAAAGCAAAAAGAAUGUGAUCCUUUAGAAGGGCCAUCGAGCAUUGCACAAAAUGAACAAGAGCGAAACAUAUCAUGCACCGAUUGUGUUAAAUGGAAGAGAAAGCUGAGACGUAUACGAUAUAUAUAUACAAAAAAAAUUGGAAGUUUGAAAAAUAAACUUGAACAAGAGAAACUGAAAAAAAACAAAAUACACAGUAAGCUAAACAAAUUACUGGAAAACAACAAAAAGUCCCAAAAAGAGAACCUAUCUACAGGAAAGAAGGCGGAGGCGUUGAUCAAUUCUGUAAAUGAAAGUAAAAAAAAGGAAGUUAAAAGACGGUUAAUAUUUGGAGAUGUUCUAACAAGACAAUUAAAACAGGGUUAUGAAGCAUUAAACAAGAAAGACAAACGUAGUUUUAGCAAUAUUAUUGUAAAAGACAAAGAAAAAUUUAGAAAGCAUAAAAUAUUGCACGCAGCUAGUUCAUUUUCAUUAAGAACGAAAAAAGAAGUUGAGAAAAGGACGGGAAAAUACAUUAUACAAGCUAUAACUGAUUUUUUCGAAGAUGACAGUAACAGCAGAAUAGCUGCGGAUAAAAAAGAAUAUGUUAAACGAGCUGGGAUAACUAAACAAAAACGCUACAUUUCAGACACUCUCAUUAACCUUCAUAAGAAAUUUCUGAAAACACAUAGUUGUGAAGUUGGAUAUUCAACAUUUUGCAAAAAUCGUCCAUUUUGGGUCGUUUAUCCAAAAGAGUCAAACAGAAAUACCUGUUCAUGUAUUGUACAUGUCAAUAUGGAUUUAUUAAUCAAAUCUCUCAAUACUAACAAAAUUAUAAAGGAAACUAAUGGAUCAGCUGUAUUACAAAGCCUGUGCUGUGAUAUUCAUCAAGAAAAUUGUUUGAAUAGAACCUGUAAAACGUGCUCUCAAAGAGUUAUUCAGUAUGGUGAAUUCAGUAAUGACAAAUGUAUGAAUUACUACCAGUGGGUAACAAAUAAAGUGAAAUAUGAACUAAACGGAUCAGAGAAGUAUUCAAAAAAGACUACCAAAAUGAAAUUUGAAGAUACGCCCCAUAAUUUAAUAGAAAAGCUAGAAAAUUCUUUAACACCCUAUUUGAAACACUGCCUUAACAUCAACCAACAGUACAAGAAUAUUAAUGACUUAAAAAUGUCCUUGGCUCCCAAAGAAGUCCUUGUACAUAUGGACUUCUCAGAAAAUUACACAACAAAAUUUCACGAAGAAGUGCAAAGCCGACACUUUGGCAGCAGUCCGGAACAAAUCACUCUUCAUACUUCUGUUGUAUAUCUAUUGGAUCCUGAAACAGGCCUGAGUAAAUCUUACAGUAUGUGUACAGUAAGUGAAUGCACAAGACACGACGCUGAAGCAAUAUGGGCUCAUGUAAUAGCAAUUUUGGAAUAUGUAAAAGAGAUUACUGGCUUCGAUACAAUACAUUUUGUGACUGACAGCCCUUCAAGCCAAUACCGGAAUCGUAAGAUAUUUUAUGUUGUUAGUCAACUUCAGCACCAGUUUCCAGAAUUGAAAUCAAUCAGUUGGAAUUACUUAGAAAGUGGACAUGGAAAGGGUGCUCCUGAUGGUAUCGGAGCAGUAAUUAAACGUACGGCAGACAGUGCUGUUUGUUUUGGGACAGAUGUGGGAACUUUAAAAGAUUUCUGGUAUAUCCUUAAACAGAAAAUCAAGAAUGUCGAAAUACGUUUGGUUACUACUAGUAAUAUUGAAGACAAAAAAAUCCCGCAGAAAACAAAAACAUUUAAGGGCACAAUGUCAGUACAUCAGGUGUUGUGGUCAUCAGACAAUUAUAGGAUGACCUUCAGGAAACUAAGUUGUUUCUUUUGCCAAAAUGGCAUUGAGUGUGCACACGGAUACCACCUUGGUUAUAUGAAUAUACCUGAUGAUAACAUGAUAGAACCAAAAGAGCAUUUUUUGCAAGAUUUCCUCGAAGAAAAUACCACUCCUGAAAUAAUAAAAGAUCUUAUGUGUUUUUCAAACCCUCUACCAUCGACAUCACAAGCUAGCUUUGAUUUAGUAGAACCUUUACAAGCAGUUGAAAUAAAUAAGACGGAAGAUGUUUCCAGAAAAGCCAGGAAUUCACCAAAAGUCAAAAUUCUAUCUGAUGUACGCUUAGAUUGGACUAAUAUUCCUUUCUAUAUUAAUGCCAAGUCAACUCCGAAUGACAAUAACUAUCAAAGUGACUUUGAAAGGUUCAUAGUGUCGCCUCUAAAAGCAGAUGGAGACGAAUCAAAUAACGUCGGGGUCUCGAAAAAAGUGGAAAGAAAUUAUGAUAAUUACAAGGAAAAUAAAGGUUUCUUCGAUGACUCUGAUUCUAGUUUGGACAUUUUCUAAGAUCUAAUGUAUAUUGAAGAUUUAUUUUAUUAAAAAUUUAAAACAUAGAUUUAAUAAUAUUUUUUGGGGGCACUGAUUAAUUCAUAAGUAGCCUAAAAUAAUCUACCUCGACUGUGCGUUUGUUACCACUCUAUAAUAAUAUUUAGGCUAAAGAUCAUUACAACGUUCGUUCGAAAAGAUCAUAACGAUUUUGUUUAAUUAUUUUGGAAGCAUUUUUUGUUUUAUUUUUUUAAUGAUUGACAGAAUUCUGUAAAAUGACUUUAUUGUUUAUAUUUUAAUUUGUUUUUUAAUUUGUAGAUCUCAGAAUGUGGCUACAUUCAAAAUAAAAAUGCGAAAUGUGAUAUUCAUAGAACUGGUUUUAGAGUAAUGUUCAUUAGAUGAAUCUAAAAAAUAUCUGAUAAGUGUAGAAUAUUGUAUUUUAUUCAAAGUAUUAUUAUUUUACUAUAUUUGACGCUUGUUUUUAUGUAUAUUUACAUGAUUAGUAUCAAUUAUUUGCUUAUACUUAAUACAAACAAUUGACUGAUUUUUAGCUUAGGAGUUUAUUUGAUGAUUCUAUUAUGUUUAAAAUACUUUAUUUUUGUCCUGAGUUUGUUUUAACUACGGCAACUUUAAAUUGAUCAAUUUCGUUCAUUCUUUUUUCAUAGUUUCGUCCAUUUUUAUGUUUAUUUUUAAGUGUUGUCAAUUUAUUAUGUUAAAAAUACUCACGAAGUUCCUAAAUACAUGUGCAAGACAGAUAAUUGUGAGAAUUAUGGAACUGAUUUUACUGCAUAAGUACAUAUAUUUCAUGUAAAAUUUACAGGUGAUGCUAUGUUUAGAAUAAUAUUUUCGUUAAAAGUUUGUGACAUUUUUGUCAGCAAUUCCUUCUGUUUACUCGAGUAAUAAAAAAUAGGUUUUUUUUGAAAAUGAAAUAUUGUUUCAUUACCAUUACAUAAUCAUCAACGCCUUCUCCACCAAAAUCAUUACCAGCACACUAGAACUCAUUACCUUCAGUAACUGAAAACUUCAAAUGCAUAUAUCUCUGAAAUUCAUGGGUGCAAUUUGAUAUUAUUUGGUCAUUCUUUUUAAUUUGACCUAUAUUUUAAUUGAGUUCAGCAAUUUUAACAAUCUAAAAAAUUCUCUUAUUUUCUCCGAUUUGCGCCAAAUCAGAGAAGU